AUGGCUUCUUUUUUAUUGGAUACAUCUGAAGAAUGCCACCUCUUUGGAGAAUUUGGCUGGCUCAUCCAAGCAAUUUUGGGGACAAUUUCAUUUUGUUCAUUAAUAAGUAAGCCUUAGGCAGUUAAGAGAUACAUUGAAAAAAACCGAAGAUCAUGGAAAAUUUGGUUUAUGGACACUUCAAAGCAAGCUUCUAGUACUUGUCUUUUACACAGUCUUAACCUUACAGCUGCUUAUUUUAUUGGAAAUGCUGAAGAAGAAUCCAACCAAUGCACUUGAUAUUUCUUAAAUUUUACUAUAGACACAUUAAUUGGGAUGGGGAUUUGCUAUUUAUUGUUACACAGUCUUGAGCACAUUUUAUCAUAUUGCUCAUGUCUUUCGUUUAAAUCUGGAGACUAUGGUGCUCCUCCUCGCUGGGGGUGGUGGGCUUAUCAACUGUGACUAUGACUGAUAAUUGCUAUGACUAUGAAGACGUUACUUGUUGCUUUAAUGGUUAUAUUUCAUAAAUUAUUAGGAAGUGCUGGAGAGUUUAUAUUAAGUCCAGUUGAAAAAUAUCCAAAUUUGGAACUGGUGAUGGUCAUGAUAAUAAUUCCUGUUGUGCUGAACUCUUUAAUGUUUUGGAUAACAGAUGGAUUUUUGAAAAAUAAUAAAAAAACUGAAAGUCUUGCCAAGGUUGUGGCAUUUGAGCUGCUGGAAGAUGGGAUAAAAUUUGGAGGAAAAGCUGAGGAUAAUAAUUAA